AUGCAUUGGAAAGGCCUACGGCUUGUCGCCGAUGGGAACUCCAAACGGCAAAACACCCUCGAACCUCACGCCCAAGGUCGUCGCAGUGAACACCUGCCACGUCCAAACCCACCGAUGUCCGAACCGAGACUCUCCGAGUCAGAUGCCCGCUUAGGACCUUCCCCCCAGGACGGAGCCGACGAAUCUAGGCUCGAGAUGCUCGACGAGUUUCCAGACCAUGGGGUGACCCGGUCUGACUUAGCGGGCCCCUCUUCCGGAGAUACACCUAGCUUGCGACGAAAUAGAUUCAGUUUCAUGAGGUUACGACAUGCAUCCGACCCGCAGCUGUCCAAAAGCUACGCCACGGCCCAGCAGGAAACUCCACCAGUGCCCUCCUUGCCGCCCCCUAAAAUCAUCACUACCGCCCCAACCAGCAACGAGCUCGAUCAAUCUGCCAAAAGUCAACAUAGAUUCAAGCUGCGACCCUCGUCGCGGAAGCAGUCGAUGGAGGAACUAUCACGAAGCUCGGCCGAUCGUCCCAGAUCAAAGCCGGCACGGAAAACACAAGGGUCAACGGAUUCGCAGGCCGAUUCCAAUCUCUCGACCUUCCAGGGAAGCAUGGAGGAGCCAGGUCGACUUUCGACGACCUCAUUACGAAGCGGGAGCCGCGAUUUACCCAACGACUCUCAACGUUCAUCGGUUACAGAUCCUCGUUUCUCCGAAUCAUCACGAUCAGAUCAAAGUUAUGGCGACCAGGCAGCAUAUCGCGCCAACUCCCCCCGUGAAGCCCUCGCGUCAACAACUUCCUCUAAAAGAGCAUUCCGAAUGCCACGUUUAAAGCGAACCCGCAGCCCUCUGUUUCCUCUUCCUCCGAAAGUCCCGCCGAGUCAAUCGAUAAUGAACGGUCCGAAGUUCCCACCAUCGGAUACCCCGAAAUCAAAUGGAUCCGGUGACCAAGAUCAGGUCUCUCCUCUCCCUUCACCGUCUCGUUCCUCUGUAGGGCUGGCCGGAAACCCGCCACCUUUAUUACGCAAUGACUCGAACCGCUCCAUACGAUCCAAUCCAUCACACAAAGGUAACAGAGGCAGAUCGUCCACUAUGGGAUCGCUGGCCGAAAACCAACAAGACGAUUUGUCGCCAGUACCGUACUUGGUAUCCUCGAGUCGCACUUCGACUUCUACGACCGGCCGUAAAAGCUUCGGUGAUCUUUUCAACAUAUCCCAGCGGUUAAGACAGAACUCAGAGCCCCCGAUUCCACGAAAUGGUUCGCCUGCUCUCGGUGGCUCAUCGACUCCCAUUUCGAAACCGGAUCUUCCAGCCGUUCCGGAGAAAGAGGAAAGUGAUACACCGGCAACGUAUUUGGAGAAGUUGGAGGGAAGCAUCCCCAGGGGAAUGAUUGGUGGUGUUCUCUCCCAAUCAAGUGAUGAGUUCUUCAAGGUUGCUCUAAGAAAAUAUAUGAGAUCAUUUGCCUAUUUUGGGGACCCAAUUGACAUGGCGAUUCGCAAACUUCUGAUGGAAGUGGAAUUGCCGAAGGAAACACAACAAAUAGACCGGUUCCUACAGGCUUUCGCCGACCGAUAUCAUGAGUGUAAUCCAGGGAUCUUUGCAACGACAGAUCAAGCAUAUUUUAUUGCAUUCUCCAUUCUGAUUCUCCAUACCGACGUCUUUAACAAGAACAAUAAGCGAAAGAUGCAGAAGCACGAUUACGUCAAAAACACUCGUGGGGAAGGUGUCUAUGACGAGAUCCUUGAAUGUUUCUAUGAGAACAUCUCAUACACUCCGUUCAUUCAUGUGGAAGAUGCAAACUCACGAGAUCGUCAUUUGGCCAAACCUCGUCGCGCUCUAUUCAAGAGCACUAGCUCGGAGAACUUGUCCAGGAUAGCACGCGAACCGGUUGACCCAUACACACUCAUUAUGGAUGGCAAAGUUCAAUCAUUACGCCCAAGUUUGCAAGACGUGAUAGAUCUUGAGGAUUCAUACAACCACUUCGGAAGUUCUGGCCCGCCAGAUAUGGAUGACCUCCACCAAGCGUUCACCAAGUCAGGCAUUCUACAGAUUGUCUCGCUGCGCUCACGUCCCGAUGCUUUUAUGAAAAUGAGCAUUGAUAACCCCGCAGGCUCCAAUCCUGGUCUAGUGGAUAUUAAGGUGGCCAAGGUGGGCCUGUUAUGGCGAAAGGAUCCGAAAAAGAAGAGAGCUCGUUCUCCAUGGGCGGAAUGGGGCGCGGUCCUCACAUUCUCUCAACUCUACUUCUUCCGCAACGUCACUUGGGUAAGAUCUUUGAUGGCGCAACACGACCACUACGUGAAGAAUGGCCGACAAGGCACCCUUGUCUUUCGACCCCCUCUUGCUGAGUUCAAGCCCGAUGGUAUCAUGUCUACGCAUGAUGCUGUCGCUCUUUUAGACACGAAUUACAAGAAGCACAAAUACGCGUUCAGCUUUGUCCGCCAUGGUGCGUUGGAGGAAAUUUUCCUCGCUGCGUCUGAGAAUGAGAUGAAUGACUGGAUGGCCAAACUUAACUACGCUGCUGCCUUCCGAACUACAGGUGUACGCACGAAGGGUAUGAUUGCUACCAACUACGAGGGUCAACGGUAUCGCACGAGCCAGCGGGCUGAAACAGAAUCUGUCAACUCCCACCCUUCAGUGGAUCGCGAUGAGCCUCCCUCGCCUAGCAUUGCAACGGAUAUUGUUGCUGAGUUUGUCGCGGCACGAAGGCAAUUGAUGCGCCAAAAGGUCCGAGAAACGAACGAAAAGCUCUUUGUGACACAGAAACAGCUGGAGGAGUUGUUACGCAAUGCACGGCACCUUCAGGUUAUGACUCCAGUCAAUGCCCGGGCUCGUGAAAAUGUCAUCAUGGCUGCAGGACGCAUGUCAGCGAAGAUCAAAUGGGUUAGACAAGACAUAUGGCGUAAUAUAUGCUACCGUGAGGUGCUUCUUCGCGAUAUGGGUGAAGGCGAGAGCUUUUUUGAAGGCCAUGCUAGGUCCGUUGGGGAACAGACAGCAUCAUCAGAGGCUACACGGCUGGCCUCUAUCUCUGGGCCGUCCAUCAUGUCCGACCCUAGCGUCCAUCGGAAUCCUAGUAUUGUUCACACUGUCUCUAGUCACGAUACAAAUGAGCCAGCUUCGACAUCCGCCGUUGACCAGCAACCCAUUGACACUGGCCUUCUACAGCAACCAUCAACCACGGACGAGACACGCCGCCCAAGCAUUCCAGCUUCCACCAGUUCAUCUGAUUUUGCCCGUGUUGGCCGACCCCUUUCAGUCCUCGCUUUAGCUGACAAGCCUGCGGAUGAAAAGGCGACCCAAUUAGAGCGGGACUCUUCGGUUCUCAGUCACGGGAGUAAAUUCGACGGGGCCAGCCUUGGUUCUCGGGCAUCAAAACUUACCACUCCGGCUAGUUACGAUGAGGGCGAGGAUCGACUUCUCAGAGAGACUGGACUGUUGGAUUUCAGUGGCUCUCCGCCGCCACGAAAGCGUUCUAGCAACAUUCCGGAGCCAGAUGGUGAUAACAGAGUCGACGAGACUUCGGAGGUCUCUCAUAGCGACCACAAGCCAAGCCGAGUGCGCCGAAGUCUCCAUCGCACUCUCAGGGACUCACCUCAUAUGCCUCGUCACCAUUCCCGUGGCAAGAAGAACCGGGGAUCUGUGUCCAGCAUUCCGCCCCUCGACGAUGAUGAGAAUGAUCCAGUCAACGACAUCUUACCCCGAAAGACGCCUAGCUUCACGGUUCACGGUAAAAAGGCCUCUGUCGUAACCUUUGGUUCUGAAUGGGAAAAUAUGCCCUCUGAGGAACGUCUCAAGCUCCGAAAGCCAACUCCCCAUGAUGAGCCCAGAGCUUCGGAGCCUGCAAUUAUCCACAGUCACGGUUCAGUUACCUCAGACAACCAACUUGACGGCGGUCGACCUUACUCGAUCCGAAGUGGAAGCACGACAACGAGACUUAGCAUCCACAGCGACGAUGGCCCGGUAAUGGACUUCUUCAAAGACGCACAAGAAACAUUUGGCGAUCAACUACCAAGUCCUGUUCACGAACCGACUACCUCAAUCGCACCUGACCAAAAGGAAUCAGAACAAGUUGAACCCGAGAACUUUCCCCGUCCACCUUCCGGCUCAGGGUCCGUUAUCUUCGGUCCUCAUCUGACGGCCCCAGGUGAUGACAGAGCAACUUCAUCAACUACUUCCCUUAGCGAACGGAUCACGGACACCCCUUCAUCUGAGAACCUACGUCAACAAGCCGUAGAAGCUUAG